GCUCCAGUCCAUUGCAGUUGACGUAUGGUCGACCGAAGGUCGGAGUGGUUUCUCUCCUCCUUGCUGGCUGAAGUGGGAGGAGAGAAAAUGUGUUUCAUUUAAAAAGGAUUUUACCUAGUUUUGUUUAUUUCUGAGGAAAAUGGCUUGGAAGAGAUUUAACCAGCUGUAUUCAUGAACAUGUACCUCAAAAUAUGUCUGCGCAAACAAGUCGCUAACUAACAAGCUAUUGUCAAAAUAAGGAAUAAUAUUUAUAAAUCACACAAUUUGUUGACUGUCUGUAUUCACGUUAUUUAUUUUAUUUAAACAUUGAAUCCGCAAGUAUAACAAAACUAUCCGCAUAGUUUACCAACUCUGAUAGCAUUUUAAUCAUAAUAAAUAACGUUAGGCUGUUAGGCUACAAAACCAUCGAUAUGUCUUUCUCCGUUGAAGAUUUGAGAAAGGAGUUGCCCAACGGCAAAAUGGCAGAGUUUCAGGAAGUGAUGCGACAACAGCUGGAGAUCUCUAUGCACAGGGAGCUGGAGAAGCUCCUCUCGACAGCCACAGGAACUGAGGCAGAGGUUUCAAAAAAGGACUUUGCAGGCUUCAAGGAGCUGUUCCACAGAUUCUUACAAGCAAAGGGCCCUUCUGUGGACUGGGCAAAGAUUCACAGGCCCCCAGAGGAUUCGAUCCAGCCCUAUGACCGGAUUAAGAGCAGGGGCCUGCCGGACAGCGUGGCCGACAGCCUCAACAGGCUGGUGGUGGUCAAGCUCAACGGGGGCCUGGGCACCAGCAUGGGCUGCAAGGGCCCCAAGAGCCUGAUCAGCGUCCGCAACGAGAACACCUUCCUGGACCUGACCGUGCAGCAGAUCGAGCACUUAAAUAAGACCUACAACACGGACGUGCCCCUCGUCCUCAUGAACUCUUUCAACACUGACGAAGACACCAAGAAGAUCCUGCAGAAGUAUACGCACCACAGGGUGAAGAUCCAUACCUUCAACCAGAGCAGGUAUCCGCGGGUCAAUAAGGAGUCCCUGCUGCCGGUGGCGACAGACCUGGCGAUGACCGGGGAGAACGGGGACGUCUGGUACCCCCCGGGGCACGGGGACAUCUACGCCAGCUUCUACAACUCCGGCCUGCUGGCCCAGCUGAUCGCCGAGGGCAAGGAGUACAUGUUCAUGUCCAACAUCGACAACCUGGGCGCCACCGUGGACCUCAACAUCCUCAACCACCUGAUGAACCAGCCCAACGGCAAGCGCUGCGAAUUCGUCAUGGAGGUCACCGACAAGACCCGGGCCGACGUCAAGGGUGGCACGCUCAUACAGUACGAGGGCAAGCUGAGGCUGCUGGAGAUCGCCCAGGUGCCCAAGGCCCACGUGGAUGAGUUCAAGUCCGUCACCAAGUUCAAGAUCUUCAACACCAACAACCUGUGGAUCUCCCUGCCCGCCAUCAUGAGACUGCAGGAGCAGAGCUCCAUGGAGCUGGAGAUCAUCGUUAACCCAAAGACCAUAGACGGGGGGGUGAACGUUCUCCAGCUGGAGACGGCGGUGGGCGCCGCCAUCAAGAGCUUCGACCACGCGCUGGGAAUCAACGUGCCCCGCAGCAGGUUCCUGCCGGUGAAGACCACAUCGGACCUGCUGCUGGUCAUGUCCAACCUGUACAGCCUGGAGGCUGGCUCCCUCACCAUGAGUAAGAAGAGGGAGUUCCCCACCACGCCCCACGUCAAGCUGGGCAGCUCCUUCACCAAGGUCCAGGAAUAUCUGACCAGGUUCGAGAGCAUUCCCGACAUGCUGGAGCUGGAUCACCUGACGGUCUCGGGCGACGUCACCUUCGGAAAGCAGGUGUCUCUAAAGGGAACCGUCAUCAUCAUCGCCAAUCAUGGAGACCGGAUCGACAUUCCCGCCGGAGCCAUGCUGGAGAACAAGAUCGUUUCGGGAAACCUGCGCAUCCUCGACCACUGAGGCCUUCACCCCAGACCCCUCCGCUUCAGUCACGAGGCCCAGAGACACUUUUUACAGCAGUCACGCAUUCUGACACUCUGAAUCGUAGCACAAUAAGUGACGGAAUUCUUCAUUUUAAAGUGUGUUUCUCCUCAUCGUAGUUUUAACCUUUUUUUAUCCGCUUCAUCGAUGACCAAGUUCACGCAUAUCUGCCGUUCAGAAUAAUGAUUGUACAGCCCUUGUGGUCGUUCUCCUCUUCAGAGAGAACAUGGUCAGUAUUUCUCUCUCCCUCUCUCUUCCCGUAGUGUGUUCCCAGACAUGGACCGGUACUGUACUGUAGGUGUAAGCACCAUGUGGAAACACAGGGUGUAAGCACCAUGUGGAAACACAGGGUGUAAGCACCAUGUGGAAACACAGGGUGUAAGCACCAUGUGGAAACACAGGGUGUAAGCACCAUGUGGAAGCACUAGCGAAUAGCAGGCCCCAGGCCGAAGUUACAGAAAGCAAUAAGUGUUUCCGUUUCAUGUUUCCCUCAGCAGAAUCCCAGUUCUGAACUUGAAUAAAGUGCAAUAUGGUUCUACGUA